AUGACCACUAUAAUAAAUUCAUUAGCAGUUCCUUCUAGCUAUCGUGAUCAAUUAUAUCAGGGCUCUUCAAAUCAACUUACAGAUGAUCUCUCUACUACCGCGACACUUUAUGUAGGCAAUUUGUCCUUUUUUACAACAGAAGAGCAAAUAUACGAACUAUUUAGUAAAUGUGGUGAAAUCAAGCGUAUCAUUAUGGGUCUUGAUCGUCAUCAAAAGACACCAUGUGGAUUUUGUUUUGUAGAAUACUAUCAUCGAACAGAUGCACUUGACUGCAUGAAGUAUAUUAACGGAACAAAACUAGACGAACGUAUUAUUCGAUGCGAUUUGGAUCCUGGUUUUAGAGAAGGAAGACAGUUUGGAAGAGGUAAAAGUGGUGGACAGGUUCGUGACGAAUAUCGUACAGAAUAUGAUGCAGGCCGUGGUGGUUGGGGUCAUCGUAUGAGAAUGGAACUUGAACGCAACCGUGAGAAGAACAUAAAGGAGAACUAUGAGGCUAUUAAGGAAAUUCCAAAGGGUGCUGAUGAAUACAAGAGUAGAAGUACAAAUGCACAAGCAAACAGUAAGCGUAGAAUGGAUGAUGACGAGAAUGAAGACGAGUCACGUAAACGUCAAAAAGAAAAUCCACGUUUCAGAGAAAAUGAUGAGGAAGACGAAGAGUGA